GGGAAGAGUUCUGAAAUGGGAGGAUGCCGACUCUUCAGCGGGCAUGGAAAGGGGCAGGAGGGGGCCUUUCCGUGGCUGCUUCCCCCUCUUGGGGCGGACCAGGCGCCAGGCAGCCCAUCCCCUCGGGCCCGUGGAAGCGGACACCCGGCUGAUCCCACAUUCCUCCCUUCCUCUUCCGCCACGUGGUUCUCGACCAGGCCGGACUCUGGAGCUUCAUGGCGGAGCGCAGAGGCGGGCGGGGAGGAGGACGAGCAGCAGCGGGAGCGGCUGUCAAGGCGGAGCCCGGCGCCACCUCCCGCUCCGGCCCGGGCCUCGGCCAGAAGCGGGCCCGGAAGCCGCCGCCCCAGGACGCCUCUGCCCUCCGCGCUGAGUCUGCGCCCUCGCCGCUCUCGCGAGGGCAGCGACUCCGCCUCCCGUCAUGCCGCGCGGCCGGGAGCGGAACCGGAAGCGCGCGCUUCUCUGGCCGCCCGCCCCGCGGAUGGGCGGGAGGAGGCGGAGCGGGAGCGGCGGCGGCGAGAGGCGGGGCGUCGCGGAGGAAGAGGCGGGGCGGCCCCGGAGCAGCGGCGCCCAGCGGCCCGGCGAGCGGGAGGCGCCCAGGGCUGGAGCCGCCCGACGCCGCCCCGCCGCCCCCGCCGCCGCCUGGGCCGGGCCAAGAUGCCCCGCCGGAAGCAGCGCCACCCGCAGCCCGUCAAAGUGGACGCGGCGGGCGCGGCGGUCGAUCCUCCGGGCGAGGAGGGCCUGGCUCCGCCGGGCGCCUUCCUCUCGGAGCACGAGCUGGAGCUGGAGGACGAGGACGAGGAGGAGGAGAGCGGCGCCGCCGGCCUCGCCUUCGAGAAGGACUCGGAAGACUCCCUCGGGGGGACGCCCGGACUCUCCUCCUACGUGCUGAGCGAUGAGGAGUUCCCGCCCCUGUGCCAGGCCCAGGACAAUGGCGAGGGGCCCGGCCAGGCUUGCCAGCACUGCGGCCUGCCUGCCCCCGCCUCUGCCGCCUGCUGCCCGCCAGAGGAGGAAGAGCUGGAGGAGGAGGAGGAGGAGGAGGAGGAAGGUUCCGCCAAGGGGCGGGUGGUCUUCUCCUGCCAGCUGUGCCCCUUUGCCUCGCACUACUCCAGCCACCUCAAGCGCCACAUGAAGACCCACAACGGGGAGAAGCCCUACCGCUGCCCGCACUGCCCCUACGCCUCGGCCCAGCUGGUCAACCUGACGCGCCACCUGCGCACCCACACGGGAGAGAAGCCCUACCGCUGCCCCACCUGCCCCUUCGCCUGCAGCAGCCUUGGCAACCUCAAGAGGCACCAGCGGGUUCACGGCCAGGAGCGCCCGCUGCGCUGCGGCUCCUGCACCUGCCGAUGCGCCCGGGGCAACCCCCUGCGGCGCCACAGCCCCGGGGCGCAGGGGGAGUCGGAGGCGGAGAUGGAGGGGCCAGCGGCUGCGGAGCAGGAGACAGAGCCUCCGCUCUUGGCCCCGGGCUCCCCGUUCCUGAGGCCCGAGGACUCUGCGGCCGUCCUCCCGGAGCUGCUCUUCCCCUUCACGUGCCGGGCGUGCGGACUGGUCCUGGAGGCGGACGAGGGCCUGGGCGAGCCGGUGUGCGGGCGCUGCAGCCUGGCGGUGCUGGGGGCGGAGCAGUCGUCGCCCAAGGGCUUCUCGUGCCAGCUGUGCCCCUUCGUCACCACCUACCCCAACCACCUGGCGCGGCACAUGAAGACGCACAGCGGAGAGAAGCCCUUUGCCUGCGCCCUGUGUCCCUACGCCUCGGCACACCUCGACAACCUCAAGCGCCACCAGCGGGUGCACACGGGAGAGAAGCCCUACAAGUGCCCGCUGUGCCCCUACGCCUGCGGCAACCUGGCCAACCUCAAGCGCCACGGCCGCAUCCACUCGGGGGACAAGCCCUUCCGCUGCCGCCUCUGCUCCUACUCCUGCAACCAGAGCAUGAACCUCAAGCGCCACAUGCUGAGGCACACGGGAGAGAAGCCCUUCCAGUGCCGCAUCUGCCCCUACACCACCGGCCACUGGGACAACUACAAGCGCCACCAGAAGGUGCACGGCCAGGGCCUGCCCGAGGAGGAGGGGGGGCCCAGCCUGGACAGCAGCCUCCCUUGAGGGCCCGCGGGGGGAGACCGCGGCACCCGCCACACCAAGGCCCCCGCCUCCUCCCGGGUGCCUCUGCAUAGGAAUAGGCUCAGACUGCAAGAGGAGAAAGGGGGGCCUCUUCCACUCGCCAAACAAGCCCCCACCCCCAGGACUGGGGGAAGCAGCUGUAGGGACCUGUGGGGGGGGGGCAGUGCAGUUCGUGCCGGCAGCGGAGCACUGGGACCUCCUUGGCCAAAACGCGGCUGGGCACUGCCUGCUCCUGCGGAUUGGGCCCUUUUCACGUCACCUGGAAAAGAUUGUAUCUGUGGGGCAGCAGAACACUCCCCCCCCAAAAAAAACCCCUCCGACUGAGGGCGGUUCUUGGUGCUUUCCUGUCCUCUCUGUGCCUCCUCCCCAGCCCCCUUUAACUGUGGUUGCUGCUUGAGUCUGUGUAAUUUAUAUCGUGUAUUAAUGCAUUAAACUGUUUUCUUAUCUUGCUUUA